UGUUGCCCGUCCUCCUGAGGAAGCUGUUGCUCUUGGUGUUGUUCUAUUAUGAUCACCAGAGACUUUUUAGUUGUAACUUUUCUCAGUCCUGAUGAGUCAGAAGAAGAUAACACUUGCCAUGAGACAACUGUAUGGAUUGUACCCCUACAAGUCCAGCAUGAUUGGCCUGGAGAACCUUGGUGAUCCCUCAGAUAGCUGGGACAUCGUGGAAACCAUCGGCAAGGGGACAUAUGGGAAAGUCUACAAGGUGACCAACAAAAAGGAUGGGAGCCAGGCAGCAGUAAAAAAGCUGGACCCGAUCAACGAUGUGGAUGAGGAGAUCGAGGCCGAAUACAAUAUUUUGAGAUCCCUGUCCAACCACCCCAAUGUAGUGAAGUUUUAUGGCAUGUUUUACAAAUCAGACAACUCAUCUGGAGGGCAGCUCUGGCUGGUUCUCGAGCUGUGCAAUGGUGGCUCUGUCACAGAACUCAUCAAAAGCCUGAUCAUGCGYGGCCAGCGUCUGCAGGAGCCCGUCAUCUCAUACAUCUUAUACAGCGCCCUCUUGGGUCUCCAACAUUUACACAACAAUCGGAUUAUCCAUCGUGACGUCAAAGGCAACAACAUCCUCCUGACGACAGACGGGGGAGUCAAACUAGUUGACUUUGGUGUUUCGGCUCAACUAACCAGUGCACGACUGCGGAGGAACACAUCAGUUGGGACGCCGUUUUGGAUGGCUCCAGAGGUCAUAGCCUGUGAGCAGCAGUACGACUCCUCGUACGACGCCCGCUGUGAUGUGUGGUCUCUUGGCAUCACAGCCAUCGAGCUGGCGGACGGAGACCCCCCUCUGGCUGAGAUGCAUCCUAUUAAAGCCCUCUUCAAGAUCCCACGAAACCCCCCACCAACGUUACAAAAUCCAGACCAGUGGUGCAGAAGUUUUAACCAUUUCAUCAGYCAGUGCUUGAUAAAGGAUUUUGAGGCACGUCCCUCUGUGACCCAUCUACUCGAGCACCCSUUCAUCAAGCAGGCCCACGGCAAAGACGUGGCCCUCCGGCAGCAGCUAGCAGACCUCAUCAGGGGGCAGCAAGAAGCCGGCUGCCAAACCAAAACCAGGCACAAACGGAUCAAUACUCGUAAAACCCUCAUUAUAGAGCGCUGUCCUGAUGACGAUCUGGUACACCUGGAGUUUCUAGAUGAGGAGAUGAUAAUCGGCCAUCUGCAGAAGAGGUAUGAUGAGCUGCAGGUGUACACUUACGUCGGUGACAUCCUCAUUGCUCUCAAUCCUUUCCAGAACCUCAGCAUCUACUCUCCUCAGUUUUCUAAGCUGUACCAUGGAGUCAAGAGAGGCGACAACCCUCCACACAUCUUUGCUACAGCAGAUGCAGCCUACCAAGGAAUGGUGACGUUCUGCAAAGACCAGUGCAUCAUCAUCAGUGGUGAGAGCGGAGCAGGGAAAACAGAAAGUGCUCAUUUAAUCGUUCAGCACCUCACCUUCUUGGGAAAGGCGAACAACAGGACUCUCAGGGAGAAGAUCUUGCAGGUCAAUCCUCUGGUGGAAGCUUUUGGAAAUGCCUGCACAGCCAUCAAUGACAACUCCAGCCGCUUCGGAAAAUACCUGGAGAUGAAGUUCACGCCGAGCGGAGCGGUCAUCGGAGCCAAGAUAUCGGAAUACCUGCUGGAGAAAUCCAGGGUCAUCAAACAGGCAGAKGGGGAGAAAAACUUCCACAUAUUUUACUACAUAUACGCUGGACUUUACCACCAAAACAAGCUGAAGACUUACAGGCUGCUGGACGGGACGCCUCCCAGGUACAUCGAGAGCCAGCAGUGCAAAGUGAUGCAGGACAUCGUCUCUGGGAAACUCUAUAAGGAGCAGUUCGAUGCCAUUCAGGAGUGUUUCCGAAAUAUCGGUUUUACAGAGGAGGAGGUGACCUCGGUUUACAGAAUUCUCUCAGCCAUUUUGAACACGGGUAAUAUUGAGUUUGCUGCCAUCACAUCCCAACAUCAGACUGACAAGAGUGAAGUGCCUAACUCGGAAUCCUUAGAGAAUGCUGCAGCUCUCCUCAGCAUYGGCUCCGAGGAGCUUCAGGAGGCCCUGACCUCUCAGUGCGUGGUCACGAGGGGUGAGACCAUCGUUCGAACCAACACCGUGGACAAAGCCACCGACGUCCGAGACGCCAUGUCCAAGGCCUUGUACGGACGCCUCUUCAGCUGGAUCGUCAACCGCAUCAACACGCUGCUGCAGCCGGACAUGAAUAUCUGUGCCGCAGAGAGUUGCAUGAAUGUKGGAAUCCUGGACAUCUUUGGAUUUGAAAACUUCAAGAAGAACUCGUUCGAACAGCUGUGCAUUAACAUCGCAAAUGAGCAAAUCCAGUUUUAUUUCAACCAGCACAUAUUUGCCCUUGAACAGAUGGAAUACCAGAGCGAGGGAGUGGAUGCCAGUCUGGUGGAGUACGAGGACAACAGGCCCAUCCUGGACAUGUUCCUGCAGAAACCCAUGGGUCUGCUGUCCCUGCUGGACGAAGARAGCCGCUUCCCUCAGGCCACAGACCAGACCCUCGUGGAUAAAUUUGAAGACAAUCUACGCUGCAAAUAUUUUUGGAUACCUAAACGCAUGGAGCUUUGUUUUGGAAUUCAACAUUACGCUGGGAAGGUGAUGUACAGUGUGAAUGGGUUCCUGGAGAAGAACAGGGACACUCUUCCUGCAGACAUCGUSGUGGUGUUAAGAACAUCAGAGAACAAACUUCUGCAGCAGCUGUUCUCCAGCCCUUUAACUAAAACAGGAAAUCUGGCCACGUCCAGGGCCCGAGUCACUGCUGCCUCCAGAUCUCUGCCCCCGCAGCUCGGCUCAGGACGCACCAAGGUGGACACCAUGGAGAUGAUGCGCCACCCAGACGAAACCACCAAUAUGAGGAGACAGACUGUGGCAUCCCAUUUUCGUUACUCCCUGAUGGACCUGCUGUCUAAGAUGGUGGUGGGCCAGCCACACUUUGUGCGCUGCAUCAAACCCAACGACGACAGGCAGGCGCUCCGCUUCUGCAACGAGAGGGUGAUGGUGCAGCUGCGCUACACGGGGAUCCUGGAGACGGUGAACAUCCGGCGACAGGGCUACUCCCACCGCGUCCCGAUUGAGGAUUUUGUCAACAGAUAUUAYUGCCUUGCCUUUCGGGCUCAUCAGAUGCCAGCGAUGAGCAGAGAAAACGCGGUGGCCAUACUGGAGCGGGCCAAAYUACAGGACUGGGUGAUGGGUCAGACAAAGGUUUUUCUGAAGUACUACCAUGUGGAGCAGCUGAACCUGCUGCUGCGUGAGGUCAUCGCUCGGGUGGUGGUGAUGCAGGCUUACACGAAAGGCUGGCUGGCGGCUCGACGCUACCGAAAAGAAAAGGAGAAGAGAAACCGUGGAGCCGUCAUCAUUCAGUCAGCCUGGAGGGGGUACGUCGCCCGGCAGACUCUCAAGCAAAUAAAAAAAGAGCGGGAAGAAGCUGCGAUGCGCAUACAGUUAGUUUACAGGGGCCAUCGGGUAUGUCACAAGCAAGGACCCCUGAGGGACAAAUGUCACCCUGAGGCUAGAGGAAAGACCACCAACGAGGGGCACACGAGCCUUCAGAGCAAAGACGCACCUUCAGAGGACGUACAUAAAAGAAACGUUUGCCCUGACAUCCGAGACAGGCAAGUGAAAGACGUCAGGAGAGACAAAAGCCGAGCAGAAGACGGUGUAACGAAGCCUCGCAGGGAGACGGCGAGGCUGCAAGGCAUGCAGAGUAAACAAGGUCCAGUGAUGAAGCUGCAGCAGAGAACUUCUCGCCGCCGUGGCCAGCAGCCCAAGCUCCUGAACAGCCCCGAAGACAGCCUGUACUACAACCAGCUAAAUAGAACUCUGGAUUACCAGGGGAGCAAGAGGAAGCCGAGAAAACUUGGUCAAAUCAAAGUGCUGGACGGAGAGGAUGAGUACUACAAAUUACUGGCAGCUGUGGAGUCCAUCCCCGAGGAAGAGCACCCGGCCUCCGCCGCCACCCCUCCUCCCACCCUUUCCACUGAGCCCCUCGUCAGUCAGAGCUGAGCUUCACGUCCACGUCGGCCCGGUUGCCUUCUUCACCCUUUUGCACAGAACCAAACCACAUCUGGAGACUACACUUCUAUUGUAAAUGUACAUUUAUUUGUAGCAAAAUGUUGUUUUAUAUGAGUCAAAUAAAUGUGUUGAAAAAAAU